AUGAACAAUGCUGAUGAAUUCAGAAGUAACACCACGCUAAGCAAGCGCCAAAGGCUACUUAAUAUUAUGAAAACUACAAGAGAUGUUUAUGUCCCGACUUUUACCUCAACGAUUUCGCAAUUAAAAUCCGAUGCAGGUAGUACCAUUCGUAAUUACUAUGAUGGAACAACCGCUAGAUCAACUACUAUGGGAUCUCAUCUGUGGCCUCCGGAUAUGAAAACUAUGGUAUAUCCGUCUUAUACAAGACUCUUAGAUGAUGGGCAGUUCGAAACGCAUAUAAGAGGUCUCGUUUACACUCCUGAGACGAUGAAUAGAAAAUCGAAACUGAUUCUUUCGCUCUGUAGGCAACUGGUACGUCCCACUUCUCCAGGAGAAAAGAACAUUGCAGAAGAGCAGUUGGAAAGCCAAUCAUUAAAUGAUUCGGAUUCGACAAUUGAUACAGCAUCGACAUCUUCAUCUAUAGGUCUGGAUACAAGCGAUGAAGAUACUUUGCGAACAAGAAUAGCUGGAUUUCUUCAGAAACACAUCACAGGUGUAACUUUGGGUAUCGAAAUGUCCAACGGGCCAACUCAAGAUAUAACUUAUGUUACAACAGAUAAUUGGGGAAAUUACAACAUUAAGGUCAUUACAGGUUUUCAACCAAAAGAUAUCAGGGUUGCCAUUGAUUCACCGGGAGGAAUGGCACUUAGCUGUCCAGUAACUUUUGUAAAGAACUCUGGUUUUGCUGUUGUGAGUGAUGUUGAUGAUACAAUAAAGCAUACAGGAGUAACCGGUGAUAAAAGAUCAAUGUUUUGCAAUGUUUUCGUGAACAGUUUCUCUACAUGGAUUAUACCCGGGAUGUCUUUGUGGUAUAAUACACUUCGAGACACUGAGAAUGUCGACUUUUUCUAUGUUUCCAAUUCGCCGUAUCAAGUAUUUCCAAUUUUGCAAGGUUACAUCAUGAAUCAUUUUCCAUUAGGUCCUAUGUUCUUGAAGCAAUAUUCUGGUAAUAUGCUUUCUAGUUUGAUGACUUCAAGUGCUAAGCGAAAACUCGGAAGCAUUACUAACAUUCUGAGAGACUUUCCUCAUAAAAGAUUCAUUUUGGUGGGAGACUCUGGUGAACGUGACUUGGAAGCUUACACAGCAACCGCUAAGGAGUUUCCCAACCAAGUUGCAGGUAUUUAUAUUCGUUGCUGUAAAGAUUCAAUGAGUGAUUUUGAGGUAAAUGAUGUCAAAGUUAUGCAAGAACUUAAUCGAAUGAUUCAAGACAAAUAUUUAAAUGAAUUACACCAUGAAGGAGGAAAGUUAAACGCGCAAAAUAAAGGUGAACACCAGGCAAGUGACAUACCCGACUUAAUCACUUUUGAUGAUGAAAAUAGGAAAAGACCGUCUCCACCUAUACCGACAAAGAAACCACUGCUAACAAAAAAGCAGGAGAACGAGAUUCAAGCAUCAAAAAAAAUUCCACCGCCUCCUCCUCCAAGAAAGCCAACUCAUUUGAGAUUACAGGAAACCGAUUUACCUCCUGUAUCAUCUACUCGCGAUAUGGAACCCGUAUCUGAGCCUGUUUUUUGCACACCCUCCUCGCAGAAUGACUACGGAACAUACGCUACUUUUUUUGACUCUAGAGCAGAUACUUGGCGAGAACGUGUGAUGACUUCUAUCACUGAAUUGAAAGAUUGUGGUGCAGAUAUACGGUUCAUGUUUUUCAUGGAGCCAGAAUUAUGCCUGGAAGACAGCAUUCAGAUGAUUAGGGAGCAAAAAUGA